AUUACCCGCCCUUCGCUAUAUUAUAUCUCUGCUCUCUAGGACGCGUACUAUUCCUCGACGUGUCGGUCACGCAGCGGUCAACGAUCGAGGCAAGAUCGGUAGGUAUAAAGCCAGCGAUAGAUCGAGAAAAUCAACCUUUCACUUCUGACCCAGAGCUACCACCAUGGUUUACUGUUCAGGCCUUUGGCUCACCACCGCCAUGUAUAUUUUCACAAUCUCGUUCUACAAGGCGUUCAUGCCUACCACCGACAUCAUUUGGAGGUGGAAAGCACCGUCUGUCUUGGCAGACAUCCUCGCCUACAACGUUCCUCAGCAUACCGUGGUCAUCGACGUGGCCCCGGAACUACCUGGCGACACUCUCGUCCAAGGCGUGGUUACCGACAUCAUGGAACUUAUCGUCGUCGAGCCCGCUGUCGUCGUCGAGUCCAUCGAGUCCAUCGACCAAGGCGUGGUUACCGAAGCUAUCGAGCCCGUCCUCGUCGUCGAGUCCCUUGCCGUGUUGAUGGUUCCGGAAGCUUCCUUGGUGCCAGCUGCGACGAUGCCCCUCGACAGCCCGCCUAACGAGGCAACCAUCCGAGCCCGCCCUACACGCUCAGCGCCUAUCGUCACUCAGGCUCAGUCAAACCUGAUAACCAUGACGGCGUUUGUUCAGUUGGCGGUUAUCAUGAUGGUCGCUUCCGUCGUGACAGUACUUGGGCGUCCUUCCAGGUCCUCCAAACAUCUCUCGAUCCCCAUCCUGGCUCCUACCUGUCAUCCAUCUCCUUCUCCCAUCGGUCGAUCAGCGUCGUUCUUCGCCCUUUUCCCCGCUGCAGGUGUCUUCAUCGCUCAGUACCUCUCUGACAAACCUUCCCUCAUCGUCAACAUCCUCCGCAGUCUCUCAGUUGGAUUGAUUGAGUACUAUGGAGUGAUGGCCUUCGACGCUAUCAUUUCUGGGAUGUCCAACAUCUUUGGGAGAGGUCAAGCAAGUCAAGGAAGCGGAAUUGGACGAGGCGAGGUCACCGCGGUGGAUUUUCUCAGAGCGGAUCACGCAGAGCUGGAUAACACUUCAUUGCUAGUUUUGAACCUCGAGGCGAUAAACAAUACGGCAUCUCCCUUAUCUGGAAACCUCGUGCCCAGCCUUGACCUGUUCGGUAGGCCAGCUGAGGUUGACAUGUCCUUCGACAUGCCCCAAGCUCAGGAUACGUCUGUCUGUCGCGAGUUGGUCUCGGCCCAGUCGAUAGUCAGUCUGUAUGCAGGGGUCUCGGAGGAGAACUCGGUGUCAAUCAUGAUGAUUGAAGAGAUGGCGAAAGUUUAUGACGUUUUGAAUUCCAUCGAAUCUGCAAUUCUCUCAGUGGCGAGCAUGGAUGAUUUACAGGCGAUGGAAUCUACGACUCCGUUGCCAUCUGGAGAUGAUCUGGCCCAUACCACCGAUAUUGAGAGAUUAGACCGGUCUGCUUGUGAUGAGCUCGCAGAUGAGACUAGUAGUAGUGAGACGGUUUCAUCCGUGUCUUCGUUAUGGUCUGUAACGGAUCUUCGGUCGGCUCCUCCUGAAUGGCACUCAGCUCUGAGUUCGCCUCAAGUCUUUGAGAGUACCGGAGAGUUCGGACAUUUUGAUCCCAGUUGGUCCUCAGAGGCCAAGGCAUCGUUGUUUUCUGACGAAACCUUUGCCUACCGUGGCCUGCCUCCAGUUGACUACACUGAGAUAUCUGGUUCAGGAUAUGUAUCCCACGAGGAUGGGGUAUUGUUCAUGGCACGGUCUUCAUGUAUACGGCCGUCAAAUUCGGUCUUACGGUUCUCUUCUUCAAGAUCAUCGUUUGAUGACCUUGAGGUUGAGGACUCUUUCGAGAUGUCAUCGGCCAUACCUAUUCACAAGGGCGUGCCUUCGCCGUCCCGGAUUCCAGUCCCCUCCAAGCGAAGGAAGACGUCUGUCGACCUGGUUCAGGUGACUAGAUCCCCUCGCACUGUCAGACAGUCGCCGUCCCGUAUCCCCAUUCGGUCUGUAAGGGUGCAGCGAUCUGGAGUGGAUGGAGUGUCAUCUAUUCCCUCGAUGCAGCCCAUCCAGCGAAAACCCCUCGGUCCUCCCCGUUUCCUUGCCUUUGCACCGAAAAUGUGCGCGCAGGAAGAAAGCGGGUCCCCUGCGCGUCGAGUACGCCGCUGCCAUGGUUGUUCCCAAUAUUCACCUCGAAGAGCGGACUAGAUGAAACACCAACGAGCGCAUGGAGAUGACGAGGAUGGCCACUACACACUACUACGUUGCCGCGUUGGGUUAUUAGGGACGAUCAGUGGUGCAUCAGGGUCGAUGGGCUUUGGUGUAUGCAGCUGGUCACUGGAGGAGGACUGGUUCGCUGACGAGCUAGCCGGUUCUUCUUCUAUCCCUGGCAGAUGAGGAACCUCUGAGGCGGGGAUGGUCGACGGGCCAUCACCGUUCUCUGAGGGUCCUCUGAGGAACCAUUG